AUGUUAUUUUAUUUAAAAUAUUUAUUUAUUUAUUUUGUAUUUUGUAUAAAAUAUCUUUCAUGUUCUAAAAGUUAUGAUCUACUUGAAGGAAGCGGAGAAGAUUAUGAAGAGUUUAAUUUAGGUGAUCUUUUAAUUUAUGAUCAAGGUUUACCUAUUCCUAAAUUUCCUAUAUUAGCAAAAUCAUCAAGUAAAAGUGGUUUGAUACCAUUGAUAAAAGGAACAACAGGUGAACUUACAGGUUUUACAAAUGGUUUAACUGAAGAAAUGAAAAAAUUAUUGAAUGAAGAUAAAGAAGGAAUAAAAUUUUCUAGAAGAAAAAAUAGUCAGAUUGAUUCUGCAAGUGUUCAUAAUGUAAUUGUUGACUCUAAAGAAAAAGAAAAAAAAAAUUUAAUGAAUGUUAAAAGUACUGAAGAUAGUAAGGAAGAAGAUUUAUAUAAUAAUUUACCUGAAGAAAAAGGACAAUUUUUAGUUGAAAAAAAACCAUUUUAUUUAGGAGCUAUGAUAAGAAAUAAUGGAAUGAAAAGUUUAAAUGCUUUUGGUGCAUAUGGAAAAAGUCGUAUUAUGAGACUUUUCAAUAGAAAUAAUAACAGAUAUGGAUCAUCUUUUGGUGAUUUGAAAUACCAAUUAAAACCUGGGCAAUAUUUUGCUGGUCAACCACCACCAAACAUUAAUUCAAUAAAUUAUGUUAAUAAUAAUAGUAAACAGAAGAAUCAGCAAAAUGUAGAUUUUAGAAAUAUUAUUACAAAUAAUUUACCAAAAAAUUCAAUAGCUUCGAAUAAUGUGAUUCAAAAAUUAUUAACGGCUGCAAAUUCUGCAACCAAAACUUAUAAUCGAAUGAAAAUAAUAGAUUUGAAUCAGAACACAAAAAAUCAGAAAGCAUAUUUAUCACCAUCAUUAUCAAAUAUAGGUAUAAGUAAUUCUCCUGAUACAUCUAUAUAUAGUCGUCAUAUUUCUACAAUUGUACAAAAUAAUACUCAACAGUUUAGUAAAAUGUUACCUUCAAAUAAUAAAACAUUUGUCCAUGGUAUAUCAAUGACACAAUUUAAAAAAUUUUCUAAACCAUUGGAGAAAGAUGAAAAUAAUAAUAAUAUUUUUGUAGAUCAAUCAAAAAAUUACCAUGAAACAUCAUAUAAUAUUCCCUCUUAUCAACCAUCUGGGCAAAAUCAGGUUAAUACAAAUAUUAAUUUGUUACCAAAUAAGCAACAAUUUUUAAAUACAGUUAAUGAAAACACUCCUGUUAUAAUUUCUACAGAUGUUCAAAAAAAUAAUAAUAACAAUGUAAAUUACAACAAUAUUUAUGGGACACAAUUUAAUAAUAUUAUACAUCAACAAAAACUGUCAAAUAUAGAUAAACCACAUCAUAUACUAGUUGAACAUAGUCCUUCACAAAAAGAAAAUGGUAAAAAUUUAUUUAUUUAUUCUGAUAGUCAACAAAACAAUCUUAAAAUAGAAGACUUUAACAAUGAACUUUAUAAUUGGAAUUUAAAUUUGCCAUCAGAUUCAAAAAAUAAUGCUGAAGUAGUAUGUUGUGAUGGAAAUGUAGUAUAUUCCACUAUACCAUGCUGCAAUUUUGAAUCGAAAAUUUAUAAUAAUGAAAAUAAUGGUAAUAAUUAUAAUUUUGUCAAUAACGAUAAAGAUAUCUAUUACAAUACUCUUAAUAAAAUUAAUAAAAGUUCUGAAGGACAUGACGAUAUAAUCAGUAAAACAAAAAAUGUACUAAAUUUUAGAAGUUAUAAACCAAUCUCAAAAGUUCAACCAUUGUUUUCAAACAUGGAAAAUUAUUCUCCAUUACCAGAAAGAAUAGGCGAUAUUUACAGCAAUAAUUUUGGUAACAUAAAUACUUGA